UACAGUUGGCCGUUUCCCAUGAACAUAAACUAGGAAUUGUUUCCUUUUACACAUGCCAUGCAUUUGGCAGAUUGGCCAAUCAGCGCGUAAUCUGUGCGGCUAGUAUCCAGGAAGUUCAGAGUGAAGGAAGGGGACGCUCAACUCAAAAAAGGUUUCUCUCAUUUUUUCAGGAUUAUGGACUGGAAUGAGGGACAUAUGGGUCACAUGGAGAACCACUGCCACAGCCACACAGGGCCGGGGAGCGGGCGCGGUCAUAAUCACGGUCACGGUCACGGGCACGGCCCGGGCGCGGUGAUGCACGGGUUCAGGCCUGGCGUCCACGGGCCCUUCGGCCCCCGCACCGAUGUGAUCACGGACCCCACGCAGCAGCCGAAGAAGCACCCCCAUGGAGUGGAGGACAGCAGCAGCUGGGACAUCGUCAAGGCAACACAGUUUGGGGUUCUGGAGCGGUGUAAAGAGCUGGUGGAGGCCGGGUAUGACGUCAGGCAGCCGGACAAAGAGAACGUGUCCGUACUCCACUGGGCUGCCAUCAACAACCGCCUGGAGCUGGUCAAGUAUUAUAUUUCAAGAGGUGCGAUUGUUGACCAGCUCGGUGGAGAUCUGAACUCGACUCCUCUGCACUGGGCGGUGAGGCAGGGACAUCUCUCCGCUGUGAUUCAGCUGCUGAGGUACGGUGCCGACCCCUCGCUGGCCGACGGAGAGGGCUUCUGCUGCCUCCACCUGGCCGUGCUGUUCCAGCACAUGCCCAUCGCCGCCUACCUCAUGGCCAAGGGACAGGAAGUUGACAUUCCAGAUCUAAAUGGGCAGACCCCUUUGAUGUUAGCGGCUCAGAAGAUUAUAGGACCUGAGCCCACUAACUUCCUCAUCAAGAGCAACGCCUCGGUGAACGCUGUGGACAAGGUGAACGGGCACUCCGCGCUCCACUGCGCGGUUCUGGCGGGAAACGUGGAUGCAGCACACAUCCUUCUGGAGGCCGGAGCCAGUGUGGACCUGCAGAACGCCAAGGGAGACUCGCCCACAGAUCUGGCUCACCAGGUGCAUAGCCCUCUGCUGAUUCACAUGAUGAACCACGUCAAGCAGGAGAGGAUCAAGUCCAACUCACCCUGCCUCAGGAUAGUCAACAAACACAAGUUCCACCUGCAGCUGGCGUUCAGCACCGUGGUGAUGUGGCUGAUGGGUGCCAUCGCGGACAUGCGCUCCGAGUCUUGGCUGCUGAAGGGGAUCCUCCUCGGCUGUGUGCUGGGCGCCAUCAACCUCACCUCCCGGCAGCUGGUUGGACCCUCGAUGCGGGAACUCGUCCCUGCCGCCUCCCUCAUUGCCUCCCUGCUCUGGAUUGUGGUCACAUGGUGCCUGUGGUUCCUCCCUCAUAUCCCCAGCUUUACAGUACAGGUCCUCUUUACCCUCAACGCCGUUGGUCUGGUGUACUACUACUUCAGGAGCUGGAGGACAGACCCCGGCUACAUCAGGGCUACUGAAGAGGAGAAGAAAAAGAACGUGGUGUUGCUGGCGGAAGCUGGCUGCCUGGACCCCCGGAUUUUCUGCACCUCUUGCAUGAUGCGGAAGCCGAUACGAGCCACCCACUGCUUCGACUGCGACUCCUGCAUCGCCAAGCAGGACCACCACUCCGUGUGGAUCAACGGCUGCGUAGGGGCCAGAAACCACCGCUACUUUGUGAUGUUCCUCUUCUGUGUCACGCUGUUGGGCGCCUUGACCUUCUACGGGAGCAUCAGCUACUGGUCCAGUCUCUGCACGCUGAGCUACAGUGAGGACGGGGCGUGGGGCGUGCUGACCAAGCUGGUGGCGUGCUCUCCCUGGGUGCUCUACAUAUUCACCAUGGCCUUCAUGCACACGUCCUGGGCCUCCAUCUCCCUGCUCAUGCAGCUGUUCCAGAUUUCCGUCUUUGGGUUGACGACGUCUGAGAGGAUUAACCUCUUGCAGAGAAGGAGAAGAUACCAACAAUCCUUUUCCCUCAGAGAAAAUCCUUACAAUUUGGGGAUUGCGCGGAACGUGGUGAACUUCUUCCAGCUGCGGUGCUGUGGGCUGCUGAAGCCGGCCGUGGUGGACUGGACCCAGCAGCACUCCUCUGCCCUCAACCUGUCCGCCGGAGAGCCCUUCCACACGGUCUGACCCGCCCAAACGCCCUCCUUCACCCGCACUCGGAGAGCUGGUCCUCCUGUGAAUCCCGGCUGAAUGGCAUGUUUUACUUCUUAAAAAAAAAAAAAAAAAAAAAAGAAAUAUUAUAAUAAUAAACAAAUACAAAAUUCCACUAUUAUUGAGCUGCUGCCGCCAAAAGAAAAUAACAACUUGGGACUUGUUUCUUUUUGCACAAGCAAUUGCCUUGUACCAGAAUAUGUCAAGUGAAAGAUCUAGAUAGCCAUGGUGAUGUAAGUUCUGAAUGUCCCUUGUCACGGUUUAUUAAGUUAUGUGUAAAGUUUAGAGAACAUUGUUUUAUAUAUAGCUCUAUUUUCCUAAGGAAUGUUUUCUUUUUUUUCUUCGUUUUUAUGCCUUAUGAGGUAAGGGAACAAUUACAUACAAAGUGAAUAUGAUAUUUGAGUUUUUUUAAGGUUAUCGGUGAAUGUUUUAUAUGAGGUGACGUGUGCAUACAUACGUGAUGAUAACGUGCACAUAACUAUAGCAUUGCUAUAAAGCGUAUGUUUCGGCCGUAAUGCCGAGCUGAAGUCCUUUUUAGGUGACCAGCUUUUAUUUAUUGCCUGCUUUUCAUUGGGACAGCAACAUUAUGUCUUCUCAUUACAUUGGUACAUUACAUAUGACACUCUCAGUACCUAAUGAGGCUUCUUAAGUGUCUAUAUCUACAAGACUCAAAGUAUGGGUUCUACGUAUCACAAUGUAUCUGCCAGCUUCAAAGGAAAAAUUGAAAAGCCAUAAUAUAUUAUGCCAGGUCUAAUGCUCCGUGAUAAAUAAUUCUCCGGUGAUUUUUUUUUGGGAGGUUUCAGGGAAUAUGCAUCAGUAAGCAGUCCUUUAAUACUUCUGGAAAACCUCCAUCUCAGUUUGGAAAUUAUUGGUUUUGUGUGAAAAAAAAAAAUUCUUAUUACACUCCCAUGGUUUUUGUACUUUUUAAUUAGAAAAUGAUUACGCCUGUUCUGUCAGCUUUGACACGUUAAGUAAUGGCUUCAGAUUAAUACAAAUGUAUUUGUUAAUUGGUGCUGUCGUGAUCAUUUUAAUUAUGCAAGCAUAUUUAUGACAACUGAUUGAGUCUGAUUAAUAAUUAAUUAAAUCGGUCUUCGCCAUGAAUGUGGCUUUCCCAAAGUGCCUAUUGAGAUUUUGACACAUGAAGGGUGACUAUUGUUAUUCUUUUCGUGCAGAACAUAUAAACUCACGAGCACUUUAUUAGGAACAUUUUUACGUUAUUACACCUACUUAUUCAUGCGAUUAUCUAAUCAGCCAAUUGUGUGGAAGCAGUGCAAUGCACACAAUCAUGUACAUACGGGUCAGGAGCGUCAGUUAAUCAACCAUCAGAAUGGGGAAAAAUGUGAUCUAAGUGACUUGGACUGUGGAAUGAUUGUUAGAGGCAGACAGGGUGGUUUGAGUAUCUCAGAAACUUCUGAUCUCCAAAAAGUGACGCGGCACCACACAUCAAAGUCUAAUAAAUACCUAAUAAAGUGCUCACUGAGUAUACCUGUUCGACAUAUUUUAGUUCAUGACAUAUUUGGUCUAACCCUUUGAAAGAGUUGUUUUUUUGCAAUGUAUUUUUUUUAUUUAUUUUUUAUUGUAUUUUUCUAUCAGCAUUCACUUAAGAACAUUGUAAUCCCAUGUUUGUGAUCUGGCACUUUAAGGCGAUUAAGCAUGCUGGAACUGUUGCUGUUGUUGCAGUCCUGUUUCAUAACUUUCCUUUGUCCUUAUUUUCGAUAAACGUGGCCUCAAUGUAUAAAAUUUAUCUUAUAAACAACUAAA